GUUUUCCUUUUUCUUUUAUUUUGUAGUGAGGCAAGGAAACAAAGUAAAACAGAAUUUUCUUAGGAUUUUGUUCGGCUCCUUUUCUUUUUCAGCAGCCUAUAGCCAACGAUGAAGAAGACCAGAAAUACAGCUGCUUCUGCAAUACGUCUGGUUGGUAGAAGACGAAUUGCAGCUAAAGAUAAGCCCUUUCCACCUAAGCUGCGUAGUAGUAUAGAUUUUAGUUGUGUUCAUCAAUUGAAUGAUGCUGUUAAAUUGUUUCACGAAAUGGUUAGAAUGCGUCCGAAGCCUUCCGUUUACGAUUACAACAAAUUGAUGAGUGCCACUGCCAAGUUGAAGCAGUACAAUUUUGCCCUCCAUGUGUUCGACGAAAUGCGCCAAAUGGGUGUCGCAAUGAAUGAUUGCUCGAUGAACAUUGCGAUCAAUUGCUAUUGCCUUCUGAAACGCGUAGGGUUCGGUUUUGCUAUAAUGGGCACACUCAUCAAGAUCGGCUACCAACCGGAUGUCAUGACAUUCGGCACUCUCAUCAAAGUGAUAGAUGGGCUUUGCAAAGGCGGACAUAUCUUUGAAGCUCAUGAUUUGUUUCGUAGAUUAGAAAAAACCGGGCGGAGACUUGAUGCUUGGGCUUAUAGUGCAUUGAUCGACGGCUUGUGCAAAACCGGAAGGGUGGAUGAUGCUUUUCGGCUUCUGUCCAAGAUGGUUGAUAAGGGGCUUUCGCCUAAUGUUAUCACGUAUAAUUCAUUGAUCCAAGGGAUGUGUGAUGUUGGUAGACUUGCAGAUGUUAAGGAUUUGGUGAAUGAAAUGGUUGAUUCUAAUGUGCCUUUGAAUGUGAUCACUUUCAAUAUUUUAGUUGAUGCAUAUUGCAAGGAGGGUAUGGCGGAAGAGGCCGAGGAUUUGUUAAAAGUUAUGAUGCAACAUAAUGUUUGUCCUGAUAUUAUCACUUAUAAUACGUUGAUUGAUGGGUUUUGUAUGAGAGGUAAAAUGGGUAGGGGAGAACUAGUGCUUAAUUCCAUGGCGGAAAGUGGUCUUAAGCCUGAUAUUGUCAGCUAUGCCAGCUUAAUCAAUGGAUAUUGCAAGCAUGGAAGAUUGAAUGAAGCUUGGCGGAUUUUUUGCAACGUUCCUUCUAAAGGUUUGAUGCAUAAUGCAUACACUUACACUACUAUGUUACAUGGCUUAUUUGGCAAAGGUAGAUUUACUGAUGGUUGGAAGCUUUUCAACGAAAUGGAAGCUCGACGAGUAAGUCCUAACUUGUAUACUUACAAUACAUUGUUGGAUGGAUUGUGUAGGGAUGGGAAGAUUGAUGAAGCUCUUUCAUUUUUACACACAUUUGAAGCGAAAGGAGUUAUUCCCGAUAUAGUCACGUAUAGUGUUCUUAUUAAUGGAUUAUGCAGAAACGGAAGGCAUGAUGUUGCAAUAGAUGUUUUCAAUCAACUUCCUUCUAAAGGUUUGCAACCUUCUCGUAGAAUAUACACAAUUAUCAUUGGUCUGCUCGGUCAAGAAGGUGAUGUGGAGAACGCUAAGCGUUUGCUUAAAGAGAUGGAGAACCGUGGUUGUCCUCCCGAUAGUGUGACAUACAACGUUUUAGUACAGAAUUUGUUGAAGAAAAAUGAACUUAACAAGGCAAUACCAAUCCUCGAAGAUAUGCAUCAAAAAGAAUUCUCCGCAGAUUCUGGUACCUUUUCAAUGCUAAUAGAUCAAGCUGAAGGACAAACCGAAGAUGAUUUUCUUCUCAAAUUGAUGAAGAGAGUUAUGCCCAAGGGAAUUGUGGUUUAAGACAGAGUUUUGGUAAUGACGUAUUCUUAGAGGUUUCAAUCAGCCCGGUCGUAGAGUGAAUCAACUUGAUGGAACUACUACACUGGUUUGGCUGCUGCCAUCUGCUAUUUGCUGCACUACCAAGAAUCAUUGGAGCUGGGAUUUUGAGGCCGAACGUGUUAUGGCUAUUGAUUUUAUCUCAACAUGUUGCACAUAAUCACUGGAGCUGGGAUUUUGAGGCCCAGCUGCACACUCCGAUUCGAGGAUUACCAGUUUUAGUUUUACAGCGAGUUUAUGAUUGAACUGCCGCAGCAACCAUUCACAAGUUUAGGUCAUUUUAUGCUUUGCUUCAACUGUCAAAUAAGUAUCAGCAAUUGAAAUUGCUAUUUGUAGGAAAGGCUGCUUCUGUAUUUGUAUAGUAGCUAGUUUUCAUUGCCGCCAAAUUAGAUAUUUCUUGUAUUUGCUUUGUGAAUUUUUUAUCCGGAUAAGCUAAGCAAAGUGAUACUUUCUCCGCCCUCCAUUAA